AUGAGGGGCGCUGGAGGGACCCUCAGCCCCACCCGGGGGGCGCGCAGGAAGCCGCCCUCUAGUUCCUGCAGCUACAGCUCCGCUCCCACAAUAUCGCUAUGUCUGUCCCUUGCUUUUCUCGUUUUCAUGGCGACCCACCUGGGGGGAACGCGUGACAGCAAGGUCGCCCACUCGCAGCCCACUGAAGUAACGACGGCGAGAAAGCUUUCGGGAGAGGGGCUCGAUUUGUGGCGGGGGUAUGAGCGAGCGGGGCAAAAUGGCGGAGGAAAGAAGAUGGAUUUGGAGGAAGAGCUGGAAAGGGAUUUGAGCAAUGAACAACCGUUGCAUGAAACAGAGGGAUCGAUGAGAAACAGGAAAUCGAGAACGAGGGGUGGGGAGGGAAGUUUUGGACGUCCAAGAAAGGUGCCCGUGUCUGAACAGGAGGCGGGAAAGGUAGCAGCCAAGGCGGGUGUGAUUAAGUUCGAAAUGCAGCAGGGGGGGGUGGAUGCGGAGGUCUCCGGAGAGAGUGAGUGGGAACGGAUCCAACGGGAGGAAACCACCGGCAGCAGAACUUCGGAGGAAGGCUCUGGUGAGAAGUCUGAGCUCGAGGGUGAGCUUGUGCGGAGCCUUAAUGUUCAAGGAGCGUUUGCAAAUGAGAGGGCGGACGAUUUGCGAGAAUCGAAGGAUGAGAGUAAGACGCCCCACAGUCAAGGGGGUGGCUCUGGGUUUCGGAUUGAGGUUGAAGAAUCCAGCUCGUUGAAGAGCAAGGAAAGGAAAGCUGAUUUCGAGGGGGGUGGUUCUGAGAUGGGGGGGUCAACAUCUACAAUGCAGGAAACCAAGGAACCCGAAUCACAUUCGGUGGUUCCCAUCGGUACGGAGAGCAUCGAGCUGGGGAACCUUGGUCAAGGUCAAGCUAACCAGCUGCAGAACCCGAGUUUAGCUGGGCAGCAAGAGGAGGGGAACGGGUUCGGGGUGGCACACUAUUCGGGUCAACUUGCCCAGAUUCCAAGUGCAGUCACAGUAACGUUUGACGACGAGAUUCUAGAAAGUCGAAAUCCUGAAGCAGACAUGGGUCAAGCUAACCCGGUUGAAAGCCGCCUGUCUGCCAGGCCUCAGGAAGAGCAAACCGAGAUAGGGGCUCUAGGAAUACUGAAGGCUGCGCAAGCAAACCGAGAUCGAAACCAAUCUACAGUAGAUGAAGAGGGAUUCGAGGGUGACAGUCGAAGUGCAACAAAAGCUGGUCACAGUCACAGUGACCAGGUUGAGGAGCGCCCCUUGAUUCGGUUCGGAGAGAAGCCCACAAAGCAAGUCUUGAUGGUUAAAGAGUUCUUCGAACACAACGAGAUAGAAAGCUUAGGACACGUGUCAGACGAUGAAGGGAGCUCCGGGGGCACGGACCUCGAUAAGCCGUUCGAUGACGACCUGGCUUUGGCCGUGCUGCCAGAGUUUGGGGAUCGGUUAUUUGCAGUGGCCAAUAAUGUAUCAGAGGCAGGUGGUAGCACACAGAACGUUCUGGUUCGGACUUCCGAAACUGAAGCGCCCCAUCCGUUCCUUGCGAAGCACAACAGCAGCUCCCAAUACGAGAAAGCGGUAGUUAACGGACGGUUAGUAGACGUUACCUACCGGCAAGCGCUGCUACGAUCGUUUCAAGACGGCCUAGACUGCAUGGCUCUGGGGCUGGAGCUUUUCGACGGGAACGCAUCGCUUACGACCGGAGCGAGCGCUUAUGGCAGCUGCGCCUUCGUGGGGAACUCUGGGAUGAUGCGCGCGGCGGAGCGCGGGGCGGAGAUCGACGGCCAUGACGUCAUACUGCGGUCCAACCAGGCACCCACAAAAGGCAAGCAGUGCUUUGCACAAGAGCGAAGCUGGAAGUGUCGGGUCACAAGUUACGAAAACUUCGUGGGCUCAAAGACGACCUUCCGCUUCCUCAACAAGAAGUGGGCGGUGGUUUACGCGAGCUCCACCCAGGGCCGGGGCAUUCUUCUGCCGCAAGAAAACCCCGGUACAGUUCUGAUUGCGUCCCGGUCGGAGGAGCCUGAGUACUCGCGGCUGGUACAAGCGGUCGGGGAGACGCGGCCCGACGUCACCGCCGUACACCUGUCAGGGGAGGUCAGGCGAUGCGCACACGUGGCGCUGCACUUGGCGCGACAGGCUGCAAAUGCGCACGAGAUCGAGUACGAAGGAGGUGACGUGCCGAGCACCGGCUUCCUGGCCAUCUUCUUCCUCCUCCAAGCCUGCAAGUCCGUCGACGUCUACGGCCUCUCCAUGGAGCGGAGCGACGGCCACGUGGCGCAAUCGUGGCCGUACCACUACUUCGAGCACUACGUGGACAGCGAGAACCUGCGCGCGCACCCCCACCACUCGUUUCAGAUGGAGGGCGACCUGGUCAGGGCAAUGGCAGUCGAGCGGCCCGCCCGGCUGAGGGUCAUGGAGGAACCCCAUACGACAGUCGAGCCUUAA